AUGAAAAUCUCCAAGAGAAAGAAGAGAAAAGAAGAUGAUGAGCAACAUAUCAUCAAUUAUAAUAUACCCAAUGAAAUGGUAAUUGAGAUAUUAGGAAGAGUACCUUGUCAAGAUUUGCUACAAAAUUUAAAGUUGGUAUGUAAGAAAUGGUAUUCCAUUAUCUACAAUGGAAGCUUUGCCUACUCACACUUUGAAGACAAUAAUAAUAAGAAAUCAUCAUCAUUCUCUCAACUUAAGGCUCUUGUUAUUUCGACAACUGAUGGAAAAUCCGUCACUAUUUCUUCCUUGGAAUGGCAUAAUAAUUUCUUAGACCAACCAUUUGAAAACUUGAUCAUGAGUAAUUGUAAAGACUUAUUCACGGUGGAAUAUACAUCACAAUCACGUAUUGAGCAAAUGGCGUUUCACAAGGCAAAUUGUGUGAAUGGUUUUGUGUGUUUCUGGAGUACACGUCAUGCUCGUUUUCACAUUUGUAAUUCGAUGACUAUGGAAUAUGUGACAACUCCACCAAAUCCAUAUUUGUCUUCAAUUAGAGGAGAUCACAUUACCGCCGGGCUUGGAUUUUGCCCAAUUUCAUAUCAGUACAAAUUGGUCAUUUUUCAAUGUCUAUAUGAAUUUGACGUUCCUAAAUCAGAAAGGGUUAAAGGUUCAAUUUCAAGUAUUAACGGAAAUGACCAAUCAUGGAGGCCUUUAAAAUGGAUUGAUGAUUCACUUGAACCGGGUGCUAGGUCACCAGCAUGUGUUAAUGGAGUGUUAUAUUGGAGUACAAACAGUACUAGUGUUGAUUACAAUCGAGAUCUUUAUGAUACAACAAUACUUGUUGCUUUCGACGUUGCUAAGGAAGAAUCUUAUCUGAUUGAGGUACCAAUACAAAGUGAAGCACGCCAUCUAAGUAUAGAGGAAAAAGGAGGAAAGAUUUGUUUGAUAACAAAUGAACUGUGUCAUGAUUGCAGAUGUAUCUUGUUCAAGGGAUAUAUUGCUCAUAAUAUUAAUGAUCUGGAAAGCUUAAAUUCAUGGAAACUAGAGUUUAAUGUCACAAUUUAUGACAUAUAUGGCGAAUUUGGUAACCAUCACAUGAGCUUUACCAACGAGAUUUUGAUGGUUGAUACAUAUGACACCAUGUGUUUUUUCGAUGUUGCAACUGGAAGGAUAUUGGAUGAAUUUCAAACCUCCACUAGAACCGCUUCAAUUUUAAUCCCUUAUGUGCCUAGUUUCAUAUCUCUUCACCAUCGCCCCAUAAGAGAAAAAAAAUACUUAGACGCUGUGUGCGGGUUGUAA